GAUGUGAUAGUGGAGUGGCGUAUGUGGAUACCAUUUUGUCUGAAUCUUUUUUUUUUUUGAUUUGGUACAAAUUUUCGAUUCACAUCAAUAGAAGUUCUGCAUGGAUGCUGGAAUUAUUGUAUUGCAGAUCUAUUAUAAGUGUCAUCGUUCUUAAAUGUUUCUCAGCAAAAAUCCAAUAUUAGCAUCAGCUGGGUGACCUUGGUAUGAAUUAGAACGAGAUCAGAAGUUAUUUAGACAUUAUUAUCCAGGUAUAACAUGUUCGUUUGCCGUUGGAAUGUCGAAUUUCACGUAGCGGAGCAGUCAGAAUGUAGCAGUGCAGUUUCGGAGCACCGUCAUUGAUCGAAAUUACAGCUCAAAUCAUCAGUUGGAGUCAUCAUCGGAGAAGGAAUGGUUUCGCCGCAAUCGAACUAACGAUUCAGUUGGUUAUCUCGAAGUCAUCUGACCGCGCAAAGAGUACGCCGUCGUAGACCUACUAGCGAACAAGCCCAACCUACUCGAGCUAUUAGUUCUUACUGUGGGCACGUUGAAUACCUAGAUUGGAGCUUGGCGAUUUAUCACAAAGUUACACCUUCACAAGGCUCAGUGCCUUCGUGAGUUUUCCUUAAAUUAAGCUUGUCAAUCCCGGAGACGGAUGCUGUUCUUAUAUUUAUAGUUUUUAAAAGAAUAUUUAUUUAUUUAUUUUCUAUUUAUCGCCUGCUUUCCUUCCGUAUUCCUAUCGAUUCAACGAAGCUCUUUGCUCGUGAAUAAUCGUUUUUGAUGAAAAGUCCUUAAAGUAUUAGAUAGUAAAUCGCACAAGACUCGAUCACAUUUUUAUCAAUUCGGCUAAGCUGGCGUAGAACUAAGCGUAUUUCUUGAAAGUAACUAGUAACUAGGCUUCAUGUCCACAAAAAGGAUGCAUCCGCCAGCUGCACUACAGGCAGCUGCACAAACCGGUGUCAAGGGCGGUUUGCUUCCGUCUCCAGUUACGGCAUGUAAUGGGAAAUCUGCCAAUUAUAAUGCCACUAUUAGCACUAAGAAUCGCCAUAAUGUAGAAAACAUUGUACCGUCCCAAAAGGGCAUUCAGAAAAGCGGCAGCGAAACGCCAAACCAGCAGAAUGGUGCCGAAAGCGUCAACGGUUUGCAGGGGGCAGUCAAGAAAUCCAUUCACCGAUCAAACCCGGUACCUGCCUCCAAGAUGCAGCCAUCCGGUGGACCGGUCGGUGCGUCUGCGAUUUCCACGCUGAAUACCAUCAACCGACGCAAAAAUAAUCGAAUAAAUUCGCCCAAUCGGAAGCGACAGGAGAUCUUCAGCAAUCUGAGAGCUUAUAAUGUAGAGCUCGUUCCGAGCGUAAAUGCUCAAUCAGACAAACAGGAUGUCGGGGGAACGAAUCCCGAAUCGUUACCUGUUCAGAUGACAGCCGCGCCCAGUGCUGGCAACGAGGCCGGUAAAGCUAACAGCGAAAACAGUGGCGUUACUUGCCCGAGUACAUCAACCAGCAUCGUUAGCAGCAAUACUAGCAUUAAUAGUAAUAGUAGUAACGUUAAUAGUAGCAGUAGUAGCAGUAAUAUUUGCAGCAGUAAGAGCAGCAAGAAAAAAGAUUAUCCGCUGAUGAUCGCAGCCACCGCGACGACAGUCGUAUCGAAAGAUUUCAACACUCCGGUGGUGGCCAAACCGGGCGGCACCGCCGAAGCAGAGUCAAAAACGGAAGCAUGUACGAUCACUUCGCUGCCCAACGGUCCCGACAAGGGAGCCCCAUUCGGUGGAACGUCAACGAAUGCAAAUGGCCAGAAAAAGCUUCUCAAUGCAAGCGGCAGCUUCAGCACGUAUCAUCGGCAUCCGGCCCUUCUAUCAUCGAACGAGCCAUCCUCUGUGGGAAGUGCCGUGCCAUCAACAACAUCCACAACUUCAUCUGUGUCGUCAGUGGCCCCACCAUCAUCAUGCACGCCGGAAUCAGCGGCGGCACCCACCAAUGGCGGUGUCAGCAGUUCUAAGCCCGGGAGCCCUAGAAGCAACUCAAACACUGGCAAAGUGUUGCUUCAAAGUGUUAAUCCGCCGCCGUCAACUGCUCCGCUGGACCCGAUGACCCUACUGCAGGGCAAGUUGAGGAGUUCGUUGAAAAUAGACAACUUUGCAACGCCACCGCCACAAACCCAUCACAUUGCGCAUCAUUCCACGAUUUCCCUUCAUCAGCCCCCUGGACAGCCUCAUUCUGUUCAACCGCAGCAGCAGCAGCAGCAGCAGCAUAUACCUCCAACGACAUCUCCGCAGUACACUUUGGAUUUCUUGCACAUGGUAGGCAUGCGAAUGUCCACUGCUGGCGGAGGUGUUCCGGCAAACUCGGCAACGACAGCUCCGACUGCCAUGUUUCGUGCUAGUCCGCCUUUUAAUUACACCUUUAACCUGCAGCAACAACAGCAACAAAUGAUACAUCAACAGAUACAACAGCAGCAGCAAUCACGGCACCAGCAUGUCCAGAGGCAUUUUUCCCACUAUUAUGAUGAUUUGGUAAUGCAGAAUACCGGAGGAGGAGAACCAGUAUAUCCCAGUUUUGUUGUGCCGGCGGAACAUCUAACUAACGGCGCCAAUUCAGCCAACGGAAAUGCUUCCAUUAAUACGAGUGGAGGAAGUUCUAACGACACCGGCUUGGCUUACUGUUAUUCGCAAAAUCAUCAUCAUCAUCUUCAUCAUAGCCAUCCCGGGCAACAGUCAGGUUACGGUCAGCAUCAAAAUCAUUAUCAGAAUAAUAACUACCAGCAACACAAUCGGAACUACAGUCGAGGAGGUCAGCAUAAUGGGAGUGGAAACCCGUCAACCGGAGGUAAACGAUCGUGGAACAAUAACUGGCACAAUGGCAAAAAGGGAAAUGUAAUGCACGGCAAAUAUGGAAACAAAAAUUCCAGCUUCAAUCACGGAUACCGCAAAAAUUAUCAUUUCCACAAUAAUCACCACAAUAACAACCACCAGCAGCAGUACGAACAGUAUCAGAAUCACCAGUCGGAUAAUCCACGAAACUUGGUGUAUAUCAGGGGCUAUGACCGAGGUCACAGGAACUCCGGAAGUCACAAAAGCGUUAGUCGAUCACCUACCCCUAGUCCUCAGUCGGAAAGUCCGAGCAUUGAUGAGUCAGGGGAAUCUGGUGACCUGGGUGUUAGUAUUCAGCCGCAGCGCGAUGAAAAAUCCGAUAGUGGAAUUGACGAAGUCGUGCAAAGUAUUAAAAAGUGUACAGCCCCUGGCUCUUCCUCGUCUUCGUCUUCAAUGGCUUCGAUUCCGUCGACGGAUUCAUCAGCUGUGUCGUCGUCGGUUUCGCAGAAUCUUGAGCUUCAUUGUGCAGCAGGCCCCGGUUACGAGUCCGAUUCGUCACAUUCCUCCAGUUACAAUAGUCACUCCUACCGACCCCGCAAGUACGCAAGUAAUGGCCAAGUUUAUCGGUCUUCCUCGUCGACUUCCUCCGGUGUGUCAUCAACUGCGGCCUUUCCUCCGAUCAGCACAGCAACUACAACGACGCCUCAGGUGGCAGAUUUCUUCCUGCGAAGCCAAAGCUACCAUGGUUCUCAUCAGAACCUGGUGACUGUCAGUGGAGGCACUAGUCCAAACCCACCAAGCUCGCCCGCUGCUACUCCAAGGUCACUAGUCGGAACGCAAUCAAUGCCAAUGUUUAGUGAGCUGUUCACCGGAACUCAUCAUAACCUUUCGCACCAGCAGCACCAGCUCCAGCCGCAACUGCUGCAGCAGCAGCAGCAACCGCAUUUGAUUCUCAACCACCAGCCGCAAAACCUCCAAAAUGCUUUGUAUGGAAGCAGCAACUCACUGGAGUUGUCGAUUCAUACCGGAACUAACAGCACGCUAGGCAAUUCCACCGUGAGCAACUGCAGCGGUACAAGCAAUGGAAGCAGCAGUGGUUACAGUAGUGCACCGCCGUCCACGGUGCCGCCCAACGAGGUUAACUCGAUGCAGAGCGGACAUCCAAAGAGACGCCAUUCUGGACGUUCAUCACCGGUGUACUUCACCGUUAGCAACAAACCGAACCGGACGUUAUCUGGCAACGUCCUUAGUGUAGCAAGCGCUCAGCAACAACAGCCACCUCCCAGUAGCAGUCCGCCAUCCACGGUCAACAGUAAGGAUGCUCCCGCCUGGAGUCAGCACAGACCGCUCACGGUUUCGGCGUCAACCGUGACGGCAACAUCCACAGCGCCAAUAUCUCAACCGCCACCAACCUUUUCCCUGUCGACAAACAGCGUGCUGUCAUUUCCUCCACCGAACGAAGCAAACAGCGCGCACACACCCGCCGACAAGUUUCUUGCACGAAUGCACUUGGUGGAGAUGUUGGCUCCGCCGGAGGAUUUCGCACCGCCCGGCUGUAAAUGGGCCCCCCUGUCACGUGCCCUUUGGCAGAAAUUUGCUGCUGCACAGCAAACUCAACAUAAGUACGCACAGAAAAUCCAUCUGUGGAGAUAUCUAUUUCUGAGCAUUCGCAAAGCGUUUCCUCGGUUCAGUUUGUAUAUGGUCGGUAGCACGAUUGCCGGAUAUGCUUCGGACAACUCUGAUGUGGAUAUGUGUUUGGUUUGCCGGUCUAAUUCGGUGCCGUUCGAUAUGCGAGGAGAGGCCCUCUUCCAGCUCGGUCAGCUGAAGAAUUAUUUCAUGAACAUCAGCACCUUCUUCGAGGAAUUCAGUGUUAUUCAGGCCAAGGUUCCGAUUUUGCGGUUCCGCGACGCUACCAGUUCAGUCGUAGUGGAUCUCAACUACAACAAUUGCGUCGGCAUUCGCAACACGCAUCUGCUGUUCUGCUAUUCGCAAUUGGAUUGGCGAGUCCGCCCGUUGACGCUGGUCGCCAAAAUGUGGGCACAGCAUCACAACAUCAACGAUGCAAAGAACAUGACAAUCUCGAGCUACUCGCUGGUGCUGAUGGUGAUCCAUUUCCUUCAGUACGGCGUAAGCCCUCCGAUACUGCCCUGUCUGCACGCGAUGUACCCGGAUAAGUUUGUGCGAAUGUCGGACAUCAGCAGCAUCGAUCUGACCGAGACUAUGGAGCCGUACAAGAACGAAAACUCGAUGCCCAUUGGUGAGCUGUUCCUGCAGUUUCUGGAGUACUACGCUAAUUUCGAUUACACGCAUUACGCGAUAUCGGUUCGUACGGGCUCGGUUAUCUCGAUAGAAAGCGCUCGCGUUGCUCGCAGCUACAAGAAUGACCCACACCAUUGGCGACAGCUGUGCAUAGAAGAGCCAUUCGAUCUUACCAACACGGCCCGGUCUGUGUUUGAUGCGGAUAUCUUCGAGCAAAUAAAAUCCGUAUUUUCCACCUGCUGGCGACGGUUGAAGGAUACAAACGAUCUCAAUUCGAUCUUUGAUUGUGAGCCGCUGUUUAUACCGGUGGCUUCGGCACUAUCGCUCACGUCAUGAUCACUGCCCUCGACGAUAUCGUUGCUAGAGCCGUUUGCUCGGUUCAGUAGAAAAAUCGCUGCAGUUUGUGCCGGCUGAGCGUAGUUUUUCCUGUAGUUUUCAGUGCGGCGUGAGGGAGGUAAGCUUCAAAAGACUGACUAUAAUUCUAUUAGAGUAAAUAGUUGAACCAAACAAAAAAAAAAGGGCUGAAAGAGCGGUGUGAUAUAGGAUAGUCUCAAAAUUCCGGAGGAACUAGUUCAGUCUUUUCACACAUUCGUACACACACACAUAUCAGGCACUCGUGCCGAUCACUUCAUCAUUUGUCAAAGGAAGAAAGUUCUACUUACUGAAUUCAGCUGCCGUCGAAAAUGUACACUGAAAAGGCACGCAGAACGAGUUAGGCAAAAAUGUGUUCAAUUUACCGCCUGCGAAAUGGGACAUGCGCGCAUUGGACAAAUUGUCUGUGCGCGACGAUCCGAUUUUAAGGCCAACUACCUGUGAGUGGAGAUCAGAUUCUCCAUUGCGACGCCCUAUCAUGAAAUGAUCUCGUUUAGUUAUUACGUUUUUUGUGCCAUCGGUUUUUUGUUGUCUUGUACAUCUACGCUCGCAUACAUACUAGCACGUACGUGAAAAGUUGUUUUACGGUAAGGAAGAUAGCAGGCGCAUAAGCUCAAUGUGAGGGGACCAAACGAAAAAAAAUCACAAAAACUGCUUACAAAAGAAUCUUUCCCCCGCAUAGUGCAGCCAGUGUAAUUAUCAACAGUCCGGUUAUAUACAUAAAAAUACUUUUGCUCUAGUAUUAGCUCUCCUGAUCUUGGUAGAUGUAAACCCAAUACUCUUUCUAGCUAGCAGCAGGCUUUAACGCGCAUAUGCGAAAGGACUACACGUAAACUGAAAGAUCCUAAAGUAAUAUAUGGAAACUAUACGUCAGAAUGUAGGAAACUGAACUGCUAAAGUGAGUUUUGCGAAACUGAGAUUUAAUAAUCUAGGGGCAAAAACAAAGACAAAGUUUGCAAACACGAAAUGAAUACAUUUUAAAGAGGUUCAUUUUUAAAACGAAAAAAAAUUAUACUAGAUAUGAAAAACACGGCUGUGAAAAAAUUAAGAAGUUUAAAUUAUUAUUACAAAGAGUGAAGCAAAACUUAAGGAAUACUAAUUAAAGGUAUAUUUUUAGAUUUAAUUUAUAUGAAGAAGCGAGGCUGAAGUGAACGGAAGCGGUCGAGUGAAAGAAGAUGUAGGAGAGAAGUGAAGAAAGAAAAAAAAAACUAAAAAGUAUUAAAAAAAAUAACACAAAAAGUCAAAACUUGGAAAAAAAAAUAAAAAAGUAAAAAAAUCAACGAGAGGCGACACUAGGAAACUGCAAGUCUGUAUAUUAGAAACUCUGCGAGUUGUCGAGGACGAACAGUGCUGGAUAUAUCCACUGUUAACUAGUGUAGUUUCCUAUUGUUGUGUUGGGUUGAAAACAAAAAAAGAUUAAGAAACAAAAGCUAAACAAAAAAAAAAGCCCAGAAAAAAGAUGCGUUUUGUUUGAAGCGGCAAAUUCUAUAUCAAUUUGUAUCCCUUAAGAAAAAGCAGUAGAAGACCGCAGAAAGACCCAGUGUAGGCCAAAAGGGUUAGGAGCAUGAGGUGAAGCAAUAGAAGGAAAGUUCGAGGAAACGCCUCCUCCGGAGCGAGAAAUUGAUUCAGUUGGUUUUUCAGCUAGAGAACAAUUUGUUUUUUUUACCAGAGGGCUACCAGCAGUUCCAGUGCAUUCUACCGAUUUAACGUUUGCUCAUUUGUCCGGUUCCCUUCUGUGCCGUAGGUAUAAUAGUUCUAAGAAACAGGUUAUCCCUGGAAAAAAGGUUAAAAAGUCUUGUGAACAACAAAAAAAAGUUUAAAAUGUAACUUAAAGGAGAAAAUGUUUUCUUUCUUCUAGAAGUUGAGAUGUGGUUCCAUUCUAGUUCAAUCUCAAUUUGCAGCAAACCUUUGUUUACACUCGCGUGAACAUUUACGAGCUCUCGUCGUUUUGAUCAUUUUUGUUUCUGUUUUGUUAUUGUCGAGCUCUAAGUGGAAAAUGAAUCGGUUUGUAACCGUUAGGGGUUAUGCUAUGCAUGCAGCAGAGCAUUGGACGAUUGUUUUGUUUUUAUCUGCCAGGGAUGUUUGAUGCGAUGAUGAAAAUUAUGCCAGCAUCUUAUAGAAAGCAAAAUCCACCCAAAUCAAACGUGAAAAUCAGCAAGAUUUAGCUGUAGUAGGAUUGUCGAUACUGUGAAUAAUGUUAAAGGAAAUCCAUUUUAAACGAAGCGUAUUU